CAUUUGUCAUAGGGGGCCUUGUUGUAGUCAAGAUUAGUUUGAGAGGAGAUUACUGUUGUUUGACUGUCGUGGAAUAAAAUCACAGGUCUUGGCAUCACAUGAAUAAGUUUUGCUCUUAGUAUGGCCACUCACAGAGUUUUCAAGCUAUUUGGUAAUUAUUUAGCGAAAGCUGCAACAUCAACAUUCAAGCCCCAGAGUUAUGUUGCGUAUCGUUCCCGACGAGGGCUAUUCAUAUCAGCGACUAACCUCUCCAAGGCAGUUGGGUCAUCAGGAGAUUUCUUCCAGUUGUUUUCUCUGAGCAGAAAGUUUGACCUGAAUUCGACUGAGCUCACCAAGCAGUUUCGUAUCCUCCAGAACAAAUGGCAUCCAGACAAGUUUGUCGGCAGGGCUAAGGAUGAGCAAGAGCUGGCUGCUAGAGAGUCUUCAUUCAUCAAUCAAGCUUACAGGACACUGAAAGAUCCUUUGAAGAGAAGCCUGUAUCUCCUGAAGCUGUCCGGCCAUCCAUUGGAAGAUGGAACUACUGAAAGUGACCCAGAGUUCCUCAUGGAAAUCAUGGAGCUGAAUGAAAGACUGGCUGACAUGAAGUCACAUGAUGAUGUGGUGGCCUUAAAACAUAGCAAUCAAGAGAUGCUGGAUAAUUUACAGAGGUCAUUCGCUGCAGCGUAUGACUCCGGGAACUUUGAAGAGGCCCGAAAGAUCGCUGCUCGAAUGAAGUAUUAUGCAAAUAUCAGCAACAAGGUGCUUCAUUUCGAAAGAGAGCGAGGACUUUAGCUACAACAGCUGGACAGCUACUUCACUGAAGGUUACCUUACUGGAGUCAUUUAGUGCUCCGUUGUUUGGUCAGUUUUCGCCGGAAUUAUGAUCGUGGACUGACUGAAGACUUGCGCUAGUUAUUUGUUUAUACGAUUAUGCGAUCAGUGCCUUGUGGAUAAAUGGUAGACGUUGAUACAAAUAUGCACCAGAUUUCCACAUUGUGUUGGGUGUGACUGAAUAUUUUAUGCAUGAGUAGUGAAUGAAUGGGAGUGUGGGGGUGCGUCGUUCCCCCAGUCCUCAGCUCAGCUUAUGUCGGAUGAUCACGAACAGGCGUCGUUUGCUAGAAACUAAUUGUGAAAACCAGUAAUAACCUAUGCUUUCAUAACUGUAUACCUAUCGUAGUAACGAGGUAUACUUUUCUUGUGCCUUUGUAUUCAUGACUAGAUUUGUUGAUGUUUGAAUACAAUAUUGGCCGUGAUUGAACAAGA